AUACCUUUUAACAUAGUGUUGGCAUAAUUAAAUUAAACUAAUGUGCUUUCAUCAAUUGAAAACCCUAAAUCUAUUUUGCAUAAAAUAGACGCUGACUAGUCUUUCAAUAAUAGGUAACAGAAUUUAUUCUCGGAGCGCGCUGACACUUAACGACGAGCAACAGUUUAUAUACAGAUCAUGACGUCAUUUCAUUGCUUUAACAGAAUCCCCUCCUCUCGACCGGGACAAAGUGAGGUGAAAAGUUAAUUCUCACUUACUAACACACUCCCAGGUACUUGGAGGGCUUAAUCCCCAUGAACCGAUGUCAUCUAGCCCCUGGAGAGAAGCUGAAGCUGGGGAAUAGUAUAGAUGCUUCCCUAGACCUUUGGUCCAGAGGUGAUGUUCAGACCUGCACUGACUGGGGAGCCCCUGUGAUCUGGGAUGGAAUGUUUGACCCAGAUCAUUACGACCAGGAGCACAGGAGGAACCACUCCUCUGUCUCUCUCACUGUAUUCGCUGUGGGCAGGUAUCUAGAUGCCUACCUGGAGGCAUUCCUUUUGUCUGCUGAGCGUCACUUUAUGGUGGCUUUACCUGUGACAUACUAUGUGUUCACGGAUGUUCCCGAGAGGGUACCAAACAUCCAGCUUGGUCCUGGGCGGAGCCUGAAAGUUGUGAGGGUGCAGAGACACUCUCGCUGGCAGGACAUCUCCAUGAUGCGUAUGAGGGCCAUUGCAGACGCCAUUGAGUCACAGAUUCGUCGAUACAGCCGCUACAUCUUCUGCUUUGACGUGGACCAGGUGUUUGUGGGUCGGUUCGGCUCAGAGGCUCUGGGAGACUCUGUUGCUCUGCUCCAUGCCUACUACUACCACCGACCACAGAGCAUGUACACCUACGACCGCAACCCCAGGUCCAGGGCCUACAUGGAGACUGGGGACUUCUACUAUCAUGCUGCCGUGUUUGGAGGCUCGUGGCAGAAUGUGAAAAAUAUGACAGAGACCUGUUACCAGACCAUCAUGGAGGACAAGGAGAACCAGGUGGAGGCUCUGUGGCAUGAUGAGAGUCACCUCAACAAGUACCUGUGGCUCCAUAAGCCCAGUAGAGUGCUGUCUCCUGAGUACUGCUGGAGCAGUGACAUUGGUUACCGUGGUGACAUGCAUGUGACCCGCCUGCUCUGGGCAAAGAAAAAAUAUGACACACUCCGGAUUACAGAGUGAGCAAUCAGAAACUGUAUGCAAUAAUCUAAUGAGCAAAAGCCCCUGAAGCUUCAAACAGUUCACAGUGCAGCGCUGCGAUAGUCUACAGCCCAGUAUGACCCACCUUGUACAAGUCAAUAAAGUUUGUAAAUAUAACAUAAUGGGCCAUCUGCCUAUUGCACUGUGGUGUAUUUGGCUUGCGUGUUGAACCCAGAAUGAUCAAAUUGUUAAUUUCCUGGUUCUCAUGUGUCAUUGGCAGGAAUUUUCCCUUGAAAUCUUGUGGUUACUUAUUAGGAAUCUAACCUACUACCCUGGCGUUGCAAGUGCAAUGCUCAACUAACUGAGCCACUCCAGAGAAGUGCAGUGACAUGUAGUCAGGACCUAAUGUGAUAGCUUUAGAAAUGAUUCAACAUAUUUUUUUGUAUGGUUUGUAUUUUUGGAUUAUGAAGUAAAAUGUAUUUUAUAAAGUUG